CUGUUCCUGGUCACCAGACUAAUUGGGGCAAAUGACACUGGGGCACCUGCCGGAGGCCUAGGCUGGAGCACCAGCUUCCCUGUGGCAGCCUCCGUGCUCUGAGGAGGUCACUUCUGGAGGGCAGAGGUGGAGGCCUGUGCUGAGCGUCUGGCCCCUUGACCUGAUCCCGAGGAAGGACCAUGUUCCUGUUUUCGUCACUUCCUGUCCUUCUUCUGUGUGUGGUGACAGCAUCCAGCUCAGAAACAAAAACCUGUGAGGAUGCCCAGAAGACCUGUUCAGUGGUUGCUUGUGGCAUCCCGGUCACCAACGGCACGCCUGGCAGAGAUGGGCGAGACGGACCCAAGGGAGAAAAGGGAGAGCCAGGGCAAGGGCUCAGAGGCUUGCAGGGUCCUCCAGGGAAAAUGGGGCCUCCAGGAAAUGUAGGGAGUCCUGGGCCUCUGGGACCAAAGGGCUCCAAAGGAGAUCGUGGAGACAGUUCGGUUGCUGAGGCUAAGCUGGCUAACUUAGAGGGACAGCUAAGGAGGCUGAGGUCAGAACUGGAUCACGUGAAAAAGUUGCAAGUCUUUUCCUUGGGCCAGAAGCCUGGGAAGAAGCUCUAUGUGACCAAUGGCAAAAAGAUGACUUUUUCCCAAGUGAAGGCUCUAUGCGCCGGGUUUCAGGCCACUGUGGCCACCCCCAGGAAUGCUGAGGAGAACAAAGCCAUCCAGGACGUGGCCCAGGACAAUGCCUUUCUGGGCAUCACAGAUGAGGUGACAGAAGGCCAUUUUGCGUACGUAACAGGAGGGCGGAUAACCUACAGCAACUGGAAGAGUAAUGAGCCGAAUGACCAUGGCUCGGGGGAGGACUGCGUGGUCCUCCUCAGUGACGGGCUCUGGAAUGACAUCUCCUGCUCUGCCUCCUUCUUGGCUGUCUGUGAAUUCCCAGCCUGAAGAGGCAGUUUCCUCCGCCCCCGUGGUUCCCUGCUGAGCUCUCUGCUGCUCUGAAAGAGAAUUCAGUGCCUGUUUUCCCUU